AUGCAAAGCUUGGCGGGUUCAUCUCAAGAGGCUGCAGAUCUAUAUAUUGGACAAUCAUGGGCCCAGACCAACAAAACAGAAUCUGCUGAAAGUGAAAUUAUAUUAGAUAAUAGAUUAAAUUCUCACAACAAAAAUAUCGGUGAUAUACCCUCAUGUUCUGCAGAUCAAAAUAUAAUAGAGAAUUCUGGCCAACAACAUUUUGACAUAUUAAAGGAGUUGAUUGCAUUACAUAGAGAGCUCGGACAGCUAACUUCUGAAUAUCCUGAUCUUCAUCCACAAUCAUUUAUCCUUGAGACUCUUGUGCGAAAACACAGAUUAAAUACAAUGAUUUUAAAGCUAAAUCCAGGAAAUAAAGGAUAUUGUUUUUUAUUCAAAAUCCUCAAGAAAAAUUUAGAUACUACUGAUAGUUAUAUGGCCAAUGUUAACCAAGAGAGUGAAUUAUUAUUUGAAACCAAGUGCUGGGCUUAUGAGGAUGAUGAUCUAUUACAAUACAUUGAUGAUGGACAUUUGCCAACUUGCAUUAUUGAUGUCAUUGAAACAAACUAUCCAAAUUUAUUUUACUCAAAUUUUAUUAUAACUGAGAUUUGGGAUUAUCGACAGUCUUAUGGAAAUUUAGUAUGUGAUAUUAACUAUACUCUUUUGAGGCCUUCGAUACAGAGCAUUAUAGUGGACGUAGCCUCUCUGACAUCGAAUGGUGAAUGGUCGUCAAAGGAAAAACUUGCAUUAGAAGCUGAAAUAAUUAAAGCUUCAGCCCCACCAUUAUGCCUUGAUCCAGACCCAAUACAUGGAGAAUUAGCUAUCACUGCCCAACACACUAGUCAAAUCUUUAACACAAGAAGUAUUAAGAGGAAGGCUAGAAAAUUUUCACAGGUUGGCAUAAAUCGAAAACGAAAAUUGAUACAAUACACUCAAUACCAUGGGCCAGACUUGUGUGCCUCCAUUGCACGCAAUCAAAAGUCUAGUCCCUCAAAUUGUAAAAAGUAUAAACAAACCAAUGAGAUUUAUAUGCCUGCCCCUUCUUUAGAUCUUCCUGAAUUAUCUGUUCCUAGUAAUAUAGAUGUAUUUCGUUAUGUUAAGGAUGAAAAUGCAUCUUUUAUGCAAAAUGAAGAUUUGUUGAAGCAAAUUAAUCAUGAAGAAAGUCAAUUGAUAGAGGAAUACAUAUUCAAUAUUUAUAAAAAGGAAGGAUUAGUUUGUAUAGAUAACAUAAAACUUUGCAUACUUCAAAGGCUGAUAAAUUUGGAACUGUAUGGAGAGUUAACCGUAGAGUAUUAUCAGAAGGAUGGAAUUAAAAACUAUAGAAGUUGUGAAUUUGUUCUAGGUACAAGAGCACAAGCCAAUAGGUUUUAUGAUGAAUUUAAAGAAAUAGUUACUGAUGAAGGAAAGGAAUGUGUACAAAUUACUCACAUUGAGCCAGGAAAAGAGUCAGUUGUAACUUAUACUGAUGCAUUAAAAAGAAUUGCCUAUAAGGCUUUAAGUCCUUCAAAUCUACAAGUACCUAGACCAUCACAACAAUUAAUGGAUAAUGCACUUCUAAAUCAGACACUGUUGAAUUCAAGAAGUAAUUUGGAUAAUUCUUCUGGACUUCCCACCACUUCCCCUGGAGCCAAAGCCAGUUCCAGUUUGAUAAGCUCUCUAUCAGGCAACUCCAACUUCAUAAUAAACAAUGCAAACUCUAGUGAAAUAAAUAGUGAUAUCUCAAAUACAAUUGUGCAAAGUAACAACUUGGUGAAUAAUAGUGUUGUUUAUAAAAACUAUAUAGGGUUGGUACCUACUAGUACGAUUUCCAGUGAUAGACAAUAUUCUAAUAUCUCCGGUAACAAACCCAUUGCAAUGAACGUUAAUCAAAAUAAUAUGAAUUCAACGGUGCCAUUUUUGGCAUUGCGCAAUCAGGUUACCAUUAGGCCUCCAGCUCAAGAAGCCAGUGGUGCACCAGUUCCUGGGCAGAGUGUUCUGGCCGGCCAACAACAUCAGGCAACGCCUCAAACUAUACCUCGACGUCCUGGAGAUCAGCUAAUUGAAAAACUCAGGGUUGUGCAUAGAGAACUUGCCAUGCAACAACGUCUCACUAAAAAUAUAAAU